GAAAAAGCCAAAGAACGUUUGAAAACAUUAAGAAGUGGUUUGAUCGCGUCCCGCGAUCUUUCGCGCUGUUCACUUGUUUUUUUUUUCACGUCACACACACCGUCACUGAUUGGUAAAGUAGACUGAAAUCGGGUGGAUACGGUGACUUUACUAGUGGUACGGUGGUGUUUCGGCAAAAUUUGUGUGAAAUUUUUGUGGAUUCUGUGACUGUUCCAAAGGAUAACCACUUCUUCUGAUUAAACAAAUGAUCAUGUUGGAACUAACAAGAAAACUGGAAUUCCUAUAUCCUACCUACGUUCUAGCCAUUGUAUCCAUUGGAUAUAUUUGUGGAGAAUUAGGACACUAUCUCAUAGGAGUAACCAGUAAAGCUGUUGCACAAGAUUUACAUUAUGGAGAUAUUUCCUGUCAGCUUAACUUAACAGAUGUAUACCUCAGUGAUUUACCAAUACAAUGCAACACAGCAAACGACUCAGAGACUUGUAGUAGUUAUACAUUGAAUGGUACUCGGUACUGUGAGUGGACUUACAAUGGACUUGGCUUGGAUUAUCAGAUACUUGCAGGACCAAGUUUUAUAGCCGUUUUCACUAUUGCCGGAAUUGUCAUGGGCCUACUAGCUGAUAAGUUUAACAGAGUGAAGAUGUUAGGGGCUUGCACUCUCGUUUUUGGAGUAGCAAUCAUCCUGAGUGGGUCGGUCAACGAAUACUGGCAACUAGUCAUUUUAAGAAUGAUCAUGGCAGCUGGAGAAUCUGGCUGCAAUCCUCUUUCCACUGGCAUACUGUCAGAUAUAUUUCCCGAAGAGAAGAGAGCCCUAGUCAUGUCAGUCUUCAACUGGGGAAUAUAUGGCGGUUACGGUAUCGCCUUCCCAGUUGGCAGAUACGUCCCCAAGAUCAAUGCCUUCGGUCUAGGAUGGCGGAUCACCUAUUUCGGUGCAGGAGUAGUCGCAGUCAUUUUGGCUGCCCUGACAUGGUUCACCUUGCGCGAACCACAGAGGACUUCCAUUGGAGAAGACGCGGUUGUGUCCAAGGACGAUCCCAAAGCUGCUAAAAAGACAACCAUAUGGGACGUGAUCGUAGAUCCCAGAGUGAUACUGCUGUGUCUGGCUGCAUCAAUCCGGCAUUGCGGAGGAAUGUGUUUCGCGUACAACUGCGAUCUAUAUUACCAACAGUAUUUUCCGGAUUAUGACCUAGGGUGGUGGUUGUUCGCUGUGACGAUAGUGAUCGGCUCAAUAGGAGUAGUGGCAGGAGGUGUACUGUCUGACAGAAUCGUAGCAAAAAUGGGAGUACGAUCAAGAUGUGUUGUAUUAGCAAUCAGCCAAAUCAUAGCUACACCAUUUGCAUUUGGAAGUGUAUAUUUCGCACCUACCUGGGCUAUCACCACAUUGGGAAUAUCCUACUUUUUCGCUGAAAUGUGGUUUGGUAUUCUCUUCGCUAUGUUGGUGGAGAUUGUCCCUCUGCAUGUGAGAAGCACAACAGUUGGAGUAUUCUUAUUCGUAAUGAACAACAUUGGCGGAAAUCUACCAAUUGCAGUAGAGCCAGUAUCGAAAAGCAUCGGAUACCGAGAAAGCUUAUGGAUUUUCUAUGCAGCUGCAUACGGAUUCAGUUCGAUCUUAUUCCUCCUAACUACAUUCCUAAUGGAGGGCCCACCACCAAAGCAAGAAGCCCCCAGCGUGAAACACCUGAGCGGUCAUGAUAAUGUUACAUUUUCCGGAGAUGAGCCAUCACUGCCAACGAUAACUGAAUUGGUCAGGAAUUCAAAGAGAAUGGAGAACAAGAUCAGUAGCAGGCUUUAAAGUGAAACCGUUAAACAUUCAAAAAAAUGCGAAAUCCAUUGAAAUAUUCUGGAUUCAGCACCAUGUAGAUACGCCCAUUUCAAAUGAAGAGCCACACACUUAAGUCGAACAAAAGUUGAGAUUCUGGGUUUUGCAGGCGACGUUAUGCAUAAUGACCAAGUCGAAUUAGAGAAGGAUUGAGAUGUCGUGCAAUGGGUAGCUUAUUCAAAGUUCAACCUGUGAGACUAUCAGACCGAAUAUUCUUACUUCAUAAAUGACCAGUCUCGCGCUGCACAGCGGAUCUCUCUAAGGCUAGAGCCUGUGUGGCGUCAUCCAAUUUUCCCCUGUAUCGCCAUGUAGCCCUACGGUACCCAUGGCCUUCGUGGUGGUUUAAUUAUAAAAAAAACAUUUAGCUACCCAUUCAAUCACAAUAACUACGUAAAUCUACCCCUAAUAUCGACUUGGCUAUGAUUGCAUCGCAUCUUGUACCUGCGUCACUCUGAUCUUAAUUGAACAUUAUUUACUACACGUAUUUAUUGUGAGGGUAAUCAAAAAGAUGUGUUAUGCAAGUACCUCAUCCAGUGUAUAUGCACCAUUUUUUUUUAAGUUGGAAGGCUUGUAGCUGUAUCCCGACUUCAAAGAGAUCUAAUUCUGACAUGACUGUGAUAAUGAGAUUAGCGUAUUAUAUUUAGAUACGAUAUAGUCCCUUCUGUGGAUAAUUAUAGUACCUAUGUCACAAUAUAAUAUUUAAGCUACUAUUUUUGUAUACGUGUGUCGAUAUCUAAAUUGUACCAAGUGGGUAUUCACCUUAUCGGAUACAUUGCGCUUAUACAAGUGGGCGAUACCUUGUGAGAUGUCGCUUUUAUAACCUACUUUGAAAUAUCUACAAAUGCAGCAUAUUCAUACCACCACGAUCCGCAUAGUGUGGCCAAAUGUGGUACUACCACCACCAAUGAUUCUCCAAUCCAGAAAUUUUAUGGUGAAGAGAUGGAUAUAAUUAUGUUGCAGUUAUCGAUGAUCUUUUUUAUAAAAGAUAGCCUGUGUUUUUACUGAUCAUGCGGAGUUUCUUUUAGAAUUAUAGUUUUUAUCCUACUGCAAUAUACCACAUUUCAUUUUAGAAGCAAGGCACAAUACAUACCUACGAUGUUUCUGAGUCACUUUUGCUGUAGCAGUUUGACGCUAUCUAAGCAGGUACAAUAAAUAUUUUUAAAAACUGUU